CUAACGAGCAACAAAUAAAGAACAACGCAAUAUUAUUUCUCAUGGUGCAAAGAGUAAACAUAGUUUUUGCAACGGAUUGAAUUCGCCUUUUUUUACAUUGGAAUUUGACCCAUCAACGGGCAGUUUUCUUUUAUUGGAGAAAAACUAAUCGAAACGUGUGCUAAGAAAGAAAUCAACGCGUGUGAUUAUCUUAAGUUUUUGUUUUUGUCGCGUAUUCGAAGGCUCUAGACGGAUAUGUCAUUUAGACUUUUAGGGCAUCGACUAUUUCAACAUGGUCGGCAACUCGUAUACAAUCAAUGCAUUAAGAGAAACAUUCACAUAAACAUUUUGGACCCAAAGAAAAACCGUGGUUUCACCCGUCAAAUUGGCCUCGCAGCUAAGGAAGGAAUCGCAAAUUCAAACCAGUGGGCUCUGCGAAACAAUACACUUAUUCGUUUCGGACAGCAUGCUCGACGCUUAUUUGUUGAUAACAUACUCAAUCGAAUCACACCAAUUUAUUCAGCUGAUUUAAGAAAUGAAGCAACAAAAAAGUUUCUUUUUGGCGAUUCAGUUCCAUUAUUUGCGUUAAUUGGUAUUUGUUUGGCAUCUGGAAAUGGUAUUAUAACGAAAGAUGACGAAUUGGAAGGUGUUUGCUGGGAAAUUAGAGAAGCUGUGUCUCGUUUGCAUGACACAUCGAAAUUUGGACGGGGAAAUGUAAAAGACAAAAAUGAACUUGAAUUGGAUGAUUUGAUUGUUGGAGCUCCCAUUGCUAAAGGAUGUUCGGCUGUGGUUUAUGCGGCUGCGUUUAAAGACAACCGAACCGAAGCCAGUCCACUCAAAGUGCCCGACUAUGACUCUGAUGAAUCGAGCAAUGUAUCAACCGAUAAUGACCUAUCUCCCAUGCGUGAUGUGAAUAGAUAUGUGCACAAUUUUGGCUCCAGUUUGGAAAAUCCACACUUUUUGAACCGCAAUCCAAACACAACAAAUGUCAACCAAGCACGUGAAACAAAACCACAUCGAAAGGUUCUAUUCAAUUCGAAACCAGAUGUGAAAUACCAAAGCAACUCGAAUUCAAGUCGGCACGAUGCCAACAGCGAACGAAAUUCAAACGAAAGCUCUUCGACGAUUAGCUUCAACGAUGAGAAAGGUAACGAUAUCGAAACAUAUCCAUUGGCAUUGAAAAUGAUGUUUAAUUAUGACAUUCAAAGCAAUGCAAUGGCCAUUCUGCGUGCAAUGUACAAGGAAACCAUACCGGCGAUGAAAAAAUAUUCCAAUGCCGAUGCAGAUGGGUGGGAGAAACAGUUGAUGGAGCAAACGGUACAGUUGCCACCGCAUCCAAAUAUCGUGUUGAUGGUGGGCGUAUUUUGCGCACAGGUGCCAAAUUUGAUGCAGUCUUCUUCGCUGUAUCCAAUGGCAUUGCCACAACGGUUAAAUCCUCAAGGCUACGGCCGUAAUAUGAGCCUUUUUUUGCUGAUGAAACGAUACGAAUACAGUUUGUGCGAGUACUUAAAGUCAUCACAUGAUAUUUCGAUGCGAACGCGACUACUAUUGUUUGCACAGUUAUUAGAGGGUGUUGCGCAUUUAUAUCGACAUGGUGUCGCGCAUCGAGAUCUGAAAAGUGACAACAUUCUCAUUGAUCUCAAUGGUAAUGAUGUGCAUCCGAUUUUAGUCUUAUCUGAUUUUGGUUGUUGCCUUGCUGAUAAAAACAACGGAUUGACUGUACCAUACACAUCGAUGGACAUUGAUAAAGGAGGUAACACUGCGCUAAUGCCACCCGAGAUAAUAACCAAAACACCUGGUACAUUUUCCAUGUUGAACUAUUCAAAGUCAGAUCUAUGGGCCUGUGGCGCUAUUGCAUACGAAAUCUUCGAUUCGAUAAACCCAUUUUAUGGUCAAUCGAAGGACGAAUCGACUGAAUCACCACUUCAACCGAUUUUGAAGAGCGCCAAAUAUCAAGACGAACAGCUGCCGUCCUUGAAUGAAAAUGUGCCCUUAAUUGUUCGUAAAUUAAUAACAAACAUCCUACAUCGCAAUCCAAACCAUCGGCUAUCACCUGAUAUCGCAGCAAAUGUAAUGCAACUGUUCUUAUGGGCGCCAUCAUCAUGGCUUAAACCAACGGUAACCGUAAAUAAUCCGGAAAUUCUACAGUGGCUGUUGUCAUUAACCACAAAAGUUCUAUACGAAGCUCGGCUCGGUGGAACUUUAUCGGGUAACCGCGAUACAAACGACAAAUUUGGCCUACGAAACAUCGAAUCGAAUCGCACGCAUACCGAAUACUUGCUUUUAUCCAGUUUCCUUAUUCGAUCACAACUUCAACAAAUCCGAAGUGCAUUGGAAUGGAUCCAUCAAACGAUGGAGGAAACCAAUUGAAAAAUCAACCAAAAUUGCACUGAAAAUUUAAUUUAAAAGAAAAAUUGUUAUAAAAGUCAUUACAAAAUUGCAGAGCAUUGAAACUGCUGCAUAUAUAUUUGCUGCUGGUGAACAGAUCUGUUCGACAGCAGCUGUUGCUUGCGUGCAUAUUCGCUGUGACGCGCGCUCGUUCAUGUAUCGAUUCUCGCGCACAGUGUUUGUCUCUUUCAUUCACACGGAACCAGACAGAGAAGCAUAUAAAACACACGAGGAACGAACGGCAGCUAUGAGUGUGCACGCGCGCGUCGCUUACGACGUGUCUUGUGUGUUGUGUACGCUUCUCUGUCUGGUUCCGUGUGAAUGAAAGAGACAAACACUGUGCGCGAGAAUCGAUACAUGAACGAACCAGCAUCACAGCGAAUAUGCACGCAAGCAACAGCUGCUUUCGAACAGAUCUGUUCACCAGCAGCAAAUAUAUAUGCAGCAGUUUCAAUGCUCUACAAAAUUGUGUGAUGCAAUCAAACAUGAGAAAUUUGAAUUGCUGUGAAUAUUUCUUCAUCCUUUUCUCCCAUUUUGGAAAAGCGAAUAAUUUAUUGGAGAUGAUAAUUAUAUAAACUUUAUCACGAUAUUUUUUGUGUUGGAAUCUUUCCGUUUGAAUAAAAUUUCAAUCGAAAUUAAAAUCGAAAAUUCAAGAAUAAA